AUGUGGUUGUCAUCUUUAAAGACCCUUUGGGUAGCAACUGUCUUGAUAGUGUCUCUUGACUCUAUUAGGGCCGAAGACUCUUUCCAGGAUGUCAACGCGGCUGCCAGUCUUGCUCGCCGAGUUCUGGAGGAUGCUAAUAUAGGAACUCUUGCUACAGUAAUUAGCCCUUAUGUACAUUAUAACUACACUGAUCUUCCGUUUGCUCUUUUGGAAUACUACAGUGUUCAGUGUUCCAGCACCGGAGACCCCUUGCUUUACAUGUCAGAUCUUGAGGUGAAUGCAAAGAAUAUGCACCGUGAGCCAAGAGUCUCGCUUUCUGUCAGAGCCCUGCAAGACUACAAUCCCGGAGGUAGUCAGUCACCUAUUCAACAACCUCGUUUCUCGUUGCUCGGAGAGAUUGAACCUGUUCCAGAAUCAAAGUUUAAUAUUGCUUUGUCUUGCUUCUUGGCUGUUCAUCCUGAAGCAGCUCCAUGGCAAAGAUUCCAUGAUUUCAAGUUUUACAAGCUAAAGGUCUCGGCUGUCUAUUAUGUUGGAGGUUAUGGUGGACUGAAUUACAUUGGCUGGAUUCCUUUGUCAGUGUAUCAGCAAGCCCAACCUGAUGCCCGUAUGAAACUCCAAACCUAA